AUGGUCCAUCAACACACCCGCCGCGACUCCAUUGGAGGCUCCUCGACGACUUCCCGAUCAGAAUACAACUUAUCAGCAGAAGGCGAUCUCGAUUGGCCCUUCGGCAAAAUUGAGGGGAUCGACCGAGAUGAUUUGAGAGAGACGGCCUACGAGGUUUUCUUCACGGCAUGCCGCUCGUCUCCAGGGUUCGGAGGGAAGAACCCAUUAGCGUACUACUCGGCACAUGAUAACGAGGAUGCCGGAGGCGGCGGUGGUGCUGGGACCAAACCUAAUUGCCCAAGUUUGUCCGGAACCAGUAACACAAAGAGAUUGCUUGGGUUGAAGUCGGUGAAGCGUCUUUCUUCGCAGAGGAAGACGGGUGGAUCGAACCCGUCGUCACCGAAAGCUGGCGGCUCCCCACCUUCCAACACCAGGAUGAACCAUGGUUUUAAUUUUAACACCGCGCCACCCAUGAGGUCGAAGCGGCCGUUGACAUCGGCGGAGAUCAUGAGGCACCAGAUGGGGGUGUCGGAGCAGUGCGACAACAGGCUUAGAAAAACCCUCAUGAGGACCCUCGUUGGCCAGAUGGGUAAGCGACCUGAGACAAUCAUUCUUCCUCUUGAGCUCCUUCGCCACCUAAAACCAUCUGAAUUCAAUGAUGCCCAUGAAUACCAUCUUUGGCAAAGGCGUCAAUUAAAAGUUCUUGAAGCAGGUCUCCUCCUUUAUCCUGCAAUCCCAAUAGACCGAUCAAACUCUUUUGCAAUGCAUCUCAGGGACAUUAUUCAAGAGAGUGAGAUCAAACCUAUUGACACUGGAAAGAACUCUGAAGCCAUGAGAACAUUAUGCAAUUGUGUUGUUUCAUUGUCAUGGAGGAGUGGUCAUGGAUUCCAUGCAGAUGCUUGUCAUUGGGCAGAUGGUUUUCCCAUUAAUGUCCACUUGUAUCUUGCACUCCUCCACUCUAUCUUUGACAUGAAGGAUGAGACAUUAGUCCUUGAUGAGGUUGAUGAGCUACUUGAGCUCAUAAAGAAGACAUGGUCUACACUAGGAAUUGACAAGUUAAUACAUAAUGUAUGUUUUACAUGGGUCCUAUUUCAGCAAUAUGUUACAACAUCACAAACAGAACAUGAUCUGUUAUGUGCUUCUCUUGCUAUGUUGGCUGAAGUGACAAAUGACGUUAAGAUAUUUGAUAAAGAACUCAUGCAUGUUAAGAUCUUGUCAGUAGCAUUAACUUCAAUGCAGGGUUGGUCAGAGAAGAGAUUGCUUGAUUAUCAUGAAAACUUUCAGAAAGAGACAAAGGGACUUAUGGAAAACCUUCUCUCUGUUGCAUUAUCAACUACAAAGAUAUUGCAAGAAGACAUUGCAAACCCUGAAGUAGAGACACCAAAGAAAGAGGAUACUUCUAUAAACUCUAUGGGGAAUAGGGUGGAUUAUUACAUCAGGUCAUCCCUAAGAAAUGCUUUCACCAAGAUCUUAGAAAAUGAGAAUGCAAAUAGCAUGACUACUGAAGCAGAAGAAGAUGCCACUGAAGCUAUCCUUCAAUUGGCCAAAGAAAUAGAGGAAUUAGCCAUAAAAGAGAAGCAAACAUUCAGUCCCAUACUGAAGAAAUGGUACCCUAUUGCAGCUGGAGUUGCUGUAGUGACCCUACAUAGUUGUUAUGGAACUGUAUUGAAACAAUACAUGUCUGGAGUUUCCAACCUCACAAAUGAGGCCAUUAGGGUCUUGCAAAGAGCAGGAAAGCUAGAGGAUUUUUUGGUUCAAAUGGUAGUUGAAGAUUCUGUUGACUGUGAAGAUGGGGGCAAAUCUAUGGUAAGGGAAAUGACACCAUAUGAAGUUCACUCCACCAUAUUGAACCUCUUAAAAGGUUGGAUUGAUGAACGGUUGAAAAUAUUAAAGGAGUGUCUUGAGAAAGUCAAGGAAACUGAGACAUGGAAUCCAAAGUCCAAAACUGAGCCUUAUGCGCAUUCAGCCAUUGAGCUGACAAAUCUUGCCAAGGAAACUAUAGAAAACUUCUUUGAGAUCCCUGUUGAAAUAUCUAAUGACUUAGUUCAUGAUCUAGCUAAUGGCCUAGAAUUGCUCUUUCAGGACUACACUUCUUUUGUUGCAUCAUGCGGAUCAAAGCAGAACUACAUCCCUUCAUUGCCCCCUCUUACCAGAUGCAGUCGAGACUCAAGGUUUCACAAGUUAUGGAUGAUAGCAGCCCCUUGCAAAGCUGGAGUAGAAGCUUUUCAACCAGAUGGAUUCAUAGAUGGUCAAAACCCUCGGCCAUCGACUAGUCGUGGGACACAACGCUUGUACAUCCGCCUCAACACCUUGAACUACCUACUUACGCUCCUCCAUUCCAUUGACAAGAUUCUCUCCCUCUCACCUCAUACAACAUCCCAAUCACUCAACCGUGUUCCUAGCAAUCGCCAAAGCUUUGACACAUCAUCACCUUCCUACUUUGAUGCUGCUCGAUCAUCUAUUCAAGAAGCCUGUCAACAUGUCUCAGAGGUGGCUGCUUAUCGUCUUAUAUUCCUAGACUCAAACUCUGUAUUCUAUGAUAGCCUCUAUGUGGGUGAUGUUGCAAAUGCUCGUAUCCGUCCUGCAUUGCGCAUUCUCAAGCAGAACCUAACCCUCUUAGCUGCAAUACUCAUUGAUCGAGCUCAACCUUUAGCAGUAAAAGAAGUAAUGAAAGCUUCUUUUGAGGCCUACCUCAUGGUAUUACUUGCUGGGGGAAAUAGUAGGGUCUUCACAAAGUCAGACCAUGAAAUGAUUGAAGAGGAUUUUGAGAGCCUCAAGCGUGUAUUUGCCACAUAUGGAGAGGGAUUAGUUGCUGAGGAGGUGGUGGAAAGGGAAGCAGAGGUAGUAGAAGGGGUGGUGGCACUGAUGGGUCAAUCCACAGAGCAAAUAGUGGAGGACUUCAGCAUUGUAGCAUGUGAAGCAAGUGGGUUGACAGUUGCUGGUGUAGAGCAGCAACAGUUACCAAUGCCCCCAACCACAGGAAAGUGGAAUAGAACAGACCCAAAUACAAUCUUGAGGGUGUUAUGCCAUAGAAAUGAUAGUAUAGCUAAUCGCUUCUUAAAGAGGACAUUUCAAAUGGCAAAGAGAAAAUGA